AUGAUUGUGAAGCUUCGGGACCGUCAACGAGGGCUACAACUGCUGAAUGACGCUCGAGACAGCUAUACGAAGGCAAACUCCUAUUCUGGUACACUGUACGUUGCUUAUCGUCGCGUCCACCUGAGCACCGAAGAAUCCGGACAAGACUACUGUAACCUCUCUCGUCUCGCUGAGCCACAAGUUCCGGUCGGCUGGAAUGAUCACCUUGUUUUUCGAGAUUCAAAUGAGGUCAUGGGCUUCAUAGUCAACGAUCCCGAGCUAUUGGGACUGGAAACUAGAAUAGCAGCAGAACAGUUUAUGGUGGGGGUUGCUGAGUAUCAGGAUCAGUUCGUGAGAGAGCAAUUUAGGCUCCUUCAUGGCCAAGUUGCGAACAGCGACAUGAUUGGCAUGCUCUGGCGAUCUCGAAACAUCCUCAGGUCGUACCUCAAGAAACACCCGUCUGCGGCAACGCUAAAGCUUCAUGCCAUCGCGCUCGACAGUCUCGCACGUUUCUAUUGUCCUUCAAGUGAUUACAACUGGCUAAAGUAA